AUUUAUUUCUGUCCUUGGUAGCACUCGUUCAAAUCAAACGUAACACAAACAAGUUUUCAGUUUUUCACAUUUCAUUUCCUUCCCUCCCUCCUUGUCACUCGUUCAAACGUAACACAAAGUUCAUAUAAAUAAAACUGCCACCAGGCUCCCUCUGAUGAGCGCCAUUCUCAUAAUAUAAUCUCCCAUUUCUUGACCCUCUCACACCUCACUUCACUGCUUAGGGUUUUGCUUCACUCACGCGCCAUUCGCUCUUUACUUGCAUCAAAAUUCCUGAAUCUCACUGCAUUUUCAACUUUCUGCCAAGUUCAGUGUUUCCGUUUGACAUGGAAACCGACGAAUCCUCUCGCAUGCUUCCCUUUCAACUACAAUUCGAUAAGCCCCUCGCUUCUCAGGUCAAAAUUGCCGAGUGGAAUCCCGAGAAGGACUUGCUCGCCAUGGUUACUGACGACUCUAAGAUCAUGCUCCAUCGUUUCAAUUGGCAACGCUUGUGGACCAUAACGCCAGGAAAAUGCAUAACAUCUUUGUGUUGGCGUCCGGAUGGAAAAGCAAUUGCUGUGGGGCUUGAUGAUGGGACGUUGUCACUGCAUGAUGUUGAAAACGGAAAGCUGCUAAGAAGCUUAAAAUCACAUUGCGCUGCCAUUAUAUGUCUCAACUGGGAGGAGGACAGUCAGCUAAUUACAGAUGAGUAUGGUCACACUUCCAAGUAUGAAGAUAGAACCUCUCGUUUCUUUCCUCCUGCUCCAAGAGUUCCUCGGAUGCCUGGAUUGGUAUCUGGGGAUAAUGGCUUCAUGGAUGAUAGUGAAGAUUCAUUUCAGGAUCUGUCGAAUUCUUCUCAGCAACGAUUCAACAUCCUCUGCAGUGCAGAUAAAGAUGGAAACAUUUGUUUUAGCAUAUUUGGCAUCUUCCCUAUAGGGAAAAUUAACAUACACAACCUCACAAUUCCUACUUCCCUUGAUGGUGCAAAAACAACUAACAGAGUUUUAAAUGCUUAUAUACACAAGGUUGCUUUAUCAAAAGAUCUUUGUCAUUUGAUAGUCAUGUGCUCAGGAGACCUUGUUGAAGUUGGUGAUGACUUGGGAGAAUCUCACAUGGCUGGGAAUGAGCAUGGCCUGCAUUCCUUAGCACUGAACACAGCUAUAUUUUGGAAUAGGAAAAAUGAGCUUCACCAGGUAGCUCAACAAGCUUCUAACAUUGAGGAUUUGAUUGAGGUUGUUCGGACAUCAUUAUCAGUUAUGUGUAGGCAGUGGUCUGAUGCCAUGAACACAUUUCAGGAGAAGUUCAGCUCUUUGUCUUCACUGAUUAUAAAUCAUGGACUUGAUUCCUCACCUCAAGAGGAGUUUUUGAGCCUUUUGGGUGGUGCAAGGACUAGCCCACCAAUUCAUCAAUUUCUUGUUAACACUCUUGGAGAAGUGGGAGUCAAGCGUAUUUCAAAGGUUCUCUCUGGUGCAGGCAAAGAACUUCAACGUAUUGUAUUGGACCACCUCCAGCCUGCUGUAGAAGUUAUAGGAUUCAGAAUAGGGGAACUACGAGGGCUUUCAAGAUGGCGUGCACGCUAUCACGGCAUUGGCUUGAAUGAGUCACUUAUUAACAAUGCAACAGAAAAGGCUGGUAUGCUACUUGUACAAGUUGAACGAUUUAUGAGGAUUCUUUCAUCUGUUGUGCAGCAGUAUUCAAACUUCUUCAACUGGCUAUUGAAGUGUAUAAAAUUACUCAUGUCAGAACCAAGUGACCAGCUUCUACCAUAUAACAGUGAACUUGUUAUUAUAUUCUUGAAGUUUCUCUAUGAACAAGACCCAGUUAAACAAUUGCUGGAAAUAUCAGAAACAGAAUAUGAAGUUGAGAUUGAUUUGGAAACAAUGCAAAGAGUCAGAGAAUUAGUUCAUUUUGGGGGAUUUACCGACACUGAAUAUCUAAGGAGAACAUUGGCUAAAGAAUUUCAGCUGAUGGAAUUAAGCUUUAAAGAGGCUUUCCAAAUGCCUUUUACCACAAUAUCAAGAAAGAUACUUUGUGAGGAUAGACUACCACUGUUUCCUCUUCCAUCUUCGCCAAAAGCAUCUUCAUCCAUGAGAAUUCCCACUUCAGUAUCAUAUUAUGAGGAUUCCUCUAGAGCUUCUGUGUCAUCUCACACUUGUCAAAACCAGUUUAUUGAUUACAUAUCUUUCCAAGUACCCAAUGAGUGUUUCUCAGAUAUUGUAAAUUGCAUAUGCAUAGUCAGAGGAUUUAUGCACGACUCACACUGCCUAAAGCAGGGGUAUGGUUCUUUGGAAGCUGUGCUGUUACGUGUUCCUGUUGAUUAUCAAUGUGUGGAUCUGUCUUUGUACAAGGAUAGUCAAAUUGUCUUGUUACUAAACAAAGCUACUAAUACGUCAGACAGUGCUGGAGAUGGUUGUAUGAUGAUUUUGCAAGCAAGUGAUCUACCAUAUGUCUCCAUAUCAAGAUCUGCUUAUAAAGAUGUAUGGAAGUUACCAGAACUAAAGGAUUCUGUCACUUAUCUGCAAAUCGGGGAUGAGAAAGCUCGCACCAUCCCUCAUUCUGUAGUUGCUCCCUUGGCAGUUAGUGCAUCAAGAGGUGUGGCUUGUGUCUUUGCUGCAAGAAAGCGUGCUCUGGUCUACAUUUUGGAGGAAGAUGAAGAUGAGGUCUCUGAUGCUGAAUAAUUCCUUAUUUUUCCCCUUACCAUUUUUUGCUUUUCUGAAAGAGGAGGGGGGUGGGGGUUGUAAUUAUUUUCCAUUUGUUAAUGGUCCUUGAACAAAUUGUUGUAGAAUGUAUCUACCAAAAACGUUGUAGAAUGUUCAUUUGAAAACAUGUAAUUAAAUUAAUUAUUUUUCUCAAGAUAAAAGUAAACAGUUCUGCCCAAAAAAGCAAAAAAAAAAAAAAAAAAAAGAUGGAACA